AUGCAGCAGCAGCGGGUGGCGCAGCUGGAGGAGGAGCUCCGGCGGGAGCGGGAGGAGAAGGCGCGGGCCGUGAGGGAGCUCGAGGACCUGAGGCGGGACGGCGAGGACGGCGCCAGGGGCGUCGCGGAGAAGGUUCACCUUCUGGAGCGGGAGGUGGACAAGUCCAAGGAGUCGGAGCGCAAGAUGCUGGAGUCGCUGAUAUACCAGACGAAGCAGCUGGAGCAGACCAAGAUCUCGCUCGAGGAGGCCAAGCUGGAGAUCACCACGCUGCAGCAGGCGAACAGGAGCCUUGAGGCCGCGGCCGCGUCCGCCCGAGGGCGCGGCGUCGGCGUGGGCGGCGUGGAGCAAAGGACGAGCGUCAGGGACCUCAUGUUCGGUGGCGCGGACGAGGAGAUCAGGGUCCUGCGCGGCGAGCUCCGGACGGCGAUGCAGGGCGAGGAGAGGAGCCGCAAGGCGCUGGACGACCUCUCCGUCGCGCUCUCCGACGUCACCAUGGAGGCCAAGCAGGUCAAGGUCUGGCUCGGCGAGGCGCAGGCCGAGCUGGAGGCCGCCAACGCCGAGGCCGAGCGGCUGCGCGCGGCGCUGGCCGACGCCGAGGCCGAGCUGCGCGCCGUGUCCGCCGAGCGCGACCGGUGCAGGCUCGAGGCCGACGAGUGCGUGGCGGCGUGGGGCGACAAGGAGCGCGUCUUCCUCGACUGCGUGCGCGCGUCCGAGGAGGACGUGAACCGGGCGCGCCAGGAGAACACCAAGCUGGUCGAGUCGCGGCGCGUCAUCCGCGACGAGAACGCGCGCCUGCGGGACAUCCUCAAGCAGGCCGUCGCCGAGGCCAACGUCGUCAAGGACUCGCUCGAGCUCGCCAGGGCCGAGAACGCGCGCCUCAACGACGCCGUCGCCGACAAGGAGAGCGCGCUGCAGAGCCUCCGCCAGGAGUACGAGAGCAUCAAGGUCAGCGAGGCCGCGGCGCAGGGUAGCCUCAAGGAGCUCAACAGCCUCCUCGCCGCCACGACGACGACGGCGUGCAGCACGCCCGCGUCCGCCAAGACCGCCCCCGCGCCGGACUACGGUUUCGACCAGCGCCUGCCAAAUGGUAUGGGCAGCAAGAACGGGACGCCGCAGUCGGCGUCGCAGCGGUGGAUGGCAGACAAGCCACGGACGCCGAGCAGGCGGAGGUACUCGAUCGGCGAGCCGGGCAAGCUGAAGACGGGCCUCUCGCAGUCGGCGCGGAUGGGGAACCUGAACCCCAAGGACCGGGUGUUCGCGUCGCUGAGCAACAUUGCCGACCUCAAGUCCGCAGCAGACGCGGCGAUGGAGGACUUCGACGACGAGUUCGAUCACGUCGACGAGAGCCACUACGUUGACAUGGAGGAUUCCACGAAGCACAAGAAGAAGAGGCCGAUAUUCCGCAAGUUUGGUGAUUUGUUCAGGAGGAAAAGCUUCUACAAGCCAAAUUUAGCGCCAGUACACACACUAUAA